AUGGGCUUCUGCACUUACAAAGAGAAGGAUGACAUCUUCAAGCUGACCCUCACCGGCGGCAACAGUGGCCACAAUUACCUCACCGAGAAGUCGCUGAAGGAGCUCAAGGAGACGCUCGCGACGAUUCGCGGCAAGGCCACCCCCUCGAGCAGGGGCCUCGUUACCAUCUGCUCGGGCAAGAGCUCCUUCUGCGACGGCAUCGACUACACCUCGUCGCCGCCGCCGGCGGUGGAGGAGCUGAUCCGCGGCAUGGCCGAGGUGGUGCGCGAGCUGCUGGGCAUGCCUUUCCCGACGGUGGCGGCCGUCGGCGGCGACGUGAGGUCGUCCCUGGCGCUGGCGCUGGUGCUGGCGCACGACGACGUCGCCGUGCUAAAGAAAGUCAAGAUCGAGGCGAGGGAGGUGGUGGAGGGGCGCCACGACGCCGUGCCGCCGUACCUCGGGGCGCUGCUCCGGGACAAGUCGUCGUACCCGCAGAUGAGCUCCGACCUGGUGCUCCGGUCGGAGACCAUGGCCGGAGAGAGGCUCAAGUAUUGGUAUCUGAUCGAGCGAGUGUGCGACGACCAGUGGGAGCUGAAGGGCCAUGCCAUUAACAUGAUCAAAGAGGUCUUCGGUGACGAGCGCGACGGCGAGGCCUACGUCACCACCCGCAAGAGCUUGGUCUUCUCCGAGUCCUGGAAGGCCGUGUCCGAGUUACUCAAGAACAUCUAG